AUGUUUCUCGAUCAGAUCCCCAACAUUCUCUGCGGACUGCUGCUGCACUAUUUGAAUAUAGUCCUCUAUGCCAGCAGCGACAAUUAUAUGUUUAUCGAAGCGGAAAGACUGCUUCAUGAGUUCACCCGACGUGACGCAUCGAUUGUCUCCCUCUUUAUCAUGCCCGUCUUAGCGGAGGUCCUUAAGGCUUUUGUAAGUCCAUUGCACCAUCUUUUGGAUUCCGUUUUCUAA